GGGGGCUGAGCGCGGCUGCACCGCAGGGGCAUGGCGUGCGCCGGCGACGACGGCUCCUGGGUGGAGCUGCGGUGUGGCCCUGCAUGUCUGGAGCCCUUGCGGUUCUCCUCCUGCCACUCUGACGUGGAGCGGAUGCUGCUGGAGGCCCAGCUGGACACAGAGAGCGGUGAUGGUGCCCUUCUGGCGCUAGGCUCCCCAGCCUGGGACGACACUGGAGUCACCCAGGUGAGCAACCAGCCUGGGCAGAGUGAGCUGCUCCCAUCCUGCGGCCAGCCCCAGUUGUGCUGCCCUCCCACCCACCAGCAGGAUGUGCCAGAGGAAGCCAAGCGGAGGGAGCGACGCCUGCUAGCAUCCCUCGGCUGGGCCUGUGCCCGCCACCCUCAGCGCCUGUCUCCUAAGGAGUUUGCCUUUGUGUGCCCCCCCCAGCCGGUGCUGUGGAACCUGCAGGGAGGUGUGGUAGGGAGGAAGAAGAGGCUGUUCAGUUCAGAGCUGCUGCUGCUCUUCAUCCCCUCGCUGCUGCUCAGCCACCUGCUGACCCUGGGGCUGGGGAUCUACAUCGGGAAGCGGCUGGCAGCCUCCUCGGCAAACCCACUGUGAAGAGCUGGGCACGGCAAGAGAUGGAGGCUGCACCGUUCCGUUCCUCUAGGCAGUGUCUGGAGAGAGCCCAGUGCCAGCACAGCAGCCCUGCUGAUCCCCCACCUCCUCUUUGUGGCACAAGGAGCCCUUUUCCCCUCAUCCCUUCUUUAGACCUGGCCCAUGGCGCUGACCCCACUCUCCUAUGUAGAUAGGAGCCCACUGAUGGCAGCUUCUCACUGCAGGUAGCCCCUGCCCUCCCCAGACCUUGGUGCGGGUUCAAGCUCCUCCUGGUGAAGACAGGACAGGACUGUAAAUAUCCCUCCUGAGCCUGCAGCACACAAAUAAA